GAAUAACAGUAACACUUUUUGCAAAAAAAAAAAACGCACGUUCCGUGUGGAAAUCAAUACGAAAUCAACAAAAAGUGAUCGAUUUUGCAACAGACGCAGCCCAGAACGCGCCAGAAGUGCAUUACUCAUUGUCCGCCAGCCAACGCGUGUGUUUCCCCAGCUGCCAGCCGACAGCCAGCCACAAAGCAAUCGCACUUUUGUUGUGGAAAAUUUUGCAGUCGUCGCCGUCGCCGCCGCUGCCGCCAACAAGCGAAAAAUUUGCGCGUCGUCUGAGCCCGUCUGUGUUUGUGUGUUUGUGUGUGUGUGUGUAUAGUCGUAUCGCACGGCCUACAUUGUCAAUUAACAAGCGCGAAACAUUGUGAUCACCCUUUUUCCUACGCGCCGCCCAGCACUUAAACAGUCGGCCAGCAUGUCCACUCCACGACCUGAGGAGCACCAGAAGUUCUCCGCCGCAGCCGCCCUCUGCCCGCUCAGCAACUGCCAGUUCAGCGGCGUCGUAAUUAGCGCCAUCGCUGACGAGCAGAAGCUCGAGUUCACCAACAAAUACAAGGGCAGUUGCACGCUGCUCUGCAGCUACGACUCCCAGGGCAUUGUGCUGCGAAUAGUGUUGGAUGCUGACCGAGAGAAUGUGCUCAAGGAGUACAUGAUAGGGGCGGACACGGACGCGGCCCAGAUGGGCCGACGUAGCUAUGCCGUCACCCUGGAGUCGGAUAACCUGGUGCUGCGAUUUGCCAGCGACCAGGACCAGCAGCUCUUCCGCAAGGUGGUGGAGAACGUGAAACACCUACGGCCCAAGUCUGUGUUUUCGCAGCGUACCGAGGAGUCUUCCGCAUCGCAGUAUUUCCAGUUCUACGGCUAUCUGAGUCAGCAGCAGAACAUGAUGCAGGACUAUGUGCGGACGAGCACGUACCAAAGGGCCAUUCUGGGCAAUGCAGUUGACUUCCAAGAUAAAAUCGUUCUGGAUGUGGGAGCUGGCUCCGGUAUUCUGUCAUUCUUUGCCGUGCAGGCUGGCGCGGCCAAGGUGUAUGCCAUUGAGGCUUCGAACAUGGCUCAGUAUGCCCAGCAAUUGGUCGAAUCGAACAACGUGCAGCACAAGAUCUCUGUGAUACCCGGCAAGAUCGAGGAGAUCGAAUUGCCCGAGAAGGUGGAUGUCAUCAUAUCUGAGCCCAUGGGCUAUAUGCUAUACAACGAACGCAUGCUGGAGACCUACCUGCAUGCGAGGAAGUGGCUAAAGCCCAAUGGCAAAAUGUAUCCCACACACGGGGACCUCCACAUUGCGCCCUUCUCUGACGAGUCGCUCUACUCGGAACAGUACAACAAGGCAAAUUUCUGGUACCAGUCGGCCUUCCAUGGCGUCGACCUCACCACCCUGCACAAGGAGGGCAUGAAGGAGUACUUCCGCCAGCCGAUUGUGGACACCUUCGACAUUCGGAUCUGCAUGGCAAAGUCUGUGCGCCAUGUGUGCGAUUUCCUCAACGACAAGGAGGACGAUCUGCAUCUUAUUGAUAUCCCCCUGGAAUUCCAAAUACUCCAAACGGGCAUCUGCCACGGUCUGGCGUUCUGGUUCGACGUAGAGUUCAGUGGCAGCAGCCAGAACGUUUGGCUCUCUACCUCACCGACGGCUCCAUUGACGCACUGGUACCAGGUGCGCUGCCUGCUGCCCAUGCCCAUCUUCAUCAAGCAGGGCCAGACGCUGACGGGACGGGUGCUGCUCGAGGCCAAUCGGCGGCAGUCGUACGAUGUCACCAUCGAUCUGCACAUCGAGGGCACGUUGAUAUCAUCGAGCAACACUUUGGAUCUUAAGAAUCCGUAUUUUCGGUACACGGGGGCGCCGGUCCAGGCGCCGCCGGGGACUAGUACGCAGAGCCCGUCGGAACAAUACUGGACACAGGUCGACACGCAGGGCUCGCGUAAUUCUUCUAGCAUGCUAAAUGGUGGUCUUGGUGUCAAUGGCAUCGGUGAUGGGAGCAUGGACAUUACCCACGGACUCAUGCAUCCGCACUAGUUCGACCGUAGACAUGCAAAAUGCUGUGCUGUGCUGGGAAUGCUCCUUGCUACAAGUCCGCGCCUCAACUCAACCGAUUGCAGCCGAUCCUAGUGUUUCUGUCAGAUUUUGUUUUGUUACAACUCUUUUUUUUUAUUUUUAUUUUUUAUGGUUAGGUUAUUUAUUGAAAACUUGUAAAUUAUUUUUGUGUACUCUCGGAAUUUAGCUGCCUCUUUCUACGCCUUCACCCUUCACCCUUCUGCACUUAUCCUAUUUUAUGCGCCUUGUAUUUUUAAAAAACGAUCGAAUGAAUCGAAGAGAGAAACCGGAAGCAACAGCAGCAGCAGCAGGCAACCAGCAAACCAGCAAACAUACAAACAAACAAUCAAGAAACCAAGGCAGACUAAAUGUAGUUGUUUAGAACACGCAGCAUAUUCAAUAAGCAUAAGCUAAUUUUAGCCCCCUAGUAAUUAGUGUUUUUAACCGUAUGUAAAAUGUAAUAACGAUAUUUAACCAACGUGUGGGACUGCAGAUGAAUACUUCAGGAUGAUUGAUUCUUAGUUAAUGCCAAUUGCCAAUUUGCCGAACGGAAAAGCUUUGAACAAAACCCCAACAUAUUCAGAUUGUAUUGUAUCUAUUGUGUGUUAUUAUAUUUAAUUAUAUUAUAUUGUAUUGUACCUCCUUCAAGCGGGGCUAGUUUCAAUUCUUUGCGUAAAACUAUUAUUCUGCGUUUGUCAAGCGAUUAUUCAUAUUUUUUAGUUUUGUGAAAUUAUAAGACAUUGCUCAUAGUGGAUUUAGUGGAUAAGCCAAGCAAACAAGCAACAAAAAAAACACCAAUACAUACUUUUAACUUAUAACUGAUUCGCGCCUAGAGAUUAUACAUGUAUGAUUAUGCUUACAAAACAUACGAGAAUUCGAUUGUGAAGUUUGGCUUUCGAUUCUGUACCUAACCUAUGUUCUGGCUUUGAGUUCCCUCCCAUGCCCCCCUACAAGUCCCAUCUUAGAUGAUCGAUCCUACAACGCUGCCAGCCUGCCAAGCGAUUUGUUGGUACUAUAUCUAUAUACAUAUAUAUAUAUAUAUAUAUAUAUAUAUACCUAGAGAUAUACACGUAGUCUACGUACAUAUAACAGCAUACAUACUUAUACAUAAACACCUACAUACAUAUACAUACAUUCUCACAUGUGGCAGAUGUGCAUCUCAUAUGUGUACGUACUGUACUUUCUAGCGUAGUCGAGAGCGUUUCGACAAAUCACACCACCAACAACAACAAACAACAACACCAACACACUCAUACAAUAAUGCAUACAAGAAAUAUAUUAAACCUAUAAAACUAUAUAUAAUAAACAUAUGUAUAUCGCAUAUAUUACUAUGCCGAGGAGAGAAGAGAACAAACAAUGUCAAUGCAAAAGCAGCAAAAACAAAACAAAACAAAA